AUGACCACCGCUGUCGGCUGCCUAAUUCCAGGCUUGCCGGACGACGUGGCACUGUCAUGCUUGGCCCGAGUGCCACGUGGCCUCUAUGGAUCGCUCAAGCUGGUCUGCAGGAGUUGGUGCGCCGCAAUCGAAGGGUCCGAGCUGUACACGACUCGUUCGCACCGCAAGGUGCUUUCCUUUGAUUUUCUCACGGCAGUGCUGUCGCGGUGGUUCGUCCUGCCAUGGCGCGGGCCGCGCUUCGUGCGGUGUGUGGAGGUGGUGGGUCGCUACCUCCUCGCGUUCGGCACCGACGAUGACUCGGGGGGCUCCUACCCCUUCUGCCACGUCAAUAAGGUGGCCGUGUUUGACUCUUCUACGGGUGCGUGGAGCGAGGGCCCGCCUUUUCCACGUCAGCUGAAGCUGAGCGACGCGAUUGGUGCGCACGGAAAGGUGGUGCUGUUCUCGUCGGUGAUUGGUCGGUGCGUGUACAUGGGUGUGUCAUCCCGGCCUGGCGAGGUCGUUGCAAUGCGACUGACAACCACCAAGUGGACAUGGACGGAGCUGCCUUCCCCCUCCUGCCCUGCCUGCUCUCCUUAUCUCUCCUUUGCUCUCAAUGGCGACUGGCAUAUCUUCUCAGGUGCACUCCUCCCCUCCCUAGAACCCUCCAUUCUCUCCUUCCAUCCGUCCACCCACUCCUGGUCCCAACCGUCCUCGCUCAAGGAAAUCUACAGCAGCAGCCAAACAGCAGACAUUGUAACAUCCCUAGGCCUUGGGAUUCCCGGUUGGAGAGCUGAUCUCGCCAAGAAAAUAAUAUCUUCGUGGAGGACCGGUGGGGGUCUUCGGCAUUUAGCAGUUUUGGACGGAGGAUUGGUGGUCUCUGUGGGGGGGUCUAGCGUAAUGCCCGUCGCCACCGCGCAUUCCCCGCAUUCCGCGCGCUCCGCGCGCUCCGCGUGCUCUGCGGCCGCGGCGCUUUCGUCCGCAGCGUCCGUGUCUCGCGCCUCGACUCUCCUCUCGCGCGAAAGCGGCGUCCGCGCGCCGUCCUAUCCCCGCGCGCCAGUUCGGCACGGCGCCUCCCGCCGUCUCGUCGUCAGCGCCAAGUACCUGGGCAAGUUCGGCUCCGCGCCUCCCGCGCCUAUCGCGCCCUCCGCCGCCCCGGCCGCCGGCGCCGCCGCCAGCUCCGGCGCCGCUGCCGCCACGCGCUCUCCGCCCGCCAGCAACACGCUCCCUGCUCUCGCGCGCCAGCUUCUUCCGCUCACCGCGGCGGUCGUGAUUCCGGUCGCCGCCACCGCCGCCGCGUUCGCCGCCGCGGGCUUCGGGGAACGCGACGCGGACCGGUGGUUUCGCAGCCUGGACCCCCCCUCUUUCGCGCCGCCCGAUUGGCUGCUGGCCGCCACGUGGACGGUGCUGCAGCUGCCAGCUGGCGCAGCCUCGUGGAUGGUUUGGCGGCAAGGCGGAUGGGCGAGGCAGCGCGGCGCGAUGGAGAUCUACUUGGUGCAACUAGCCGUUGGGCUGCUGUGGCCAAUCGUCAUGUUCCGCCUAAAGAAAAUCGACGCUGCUGCUGCGGUUGCGGGUGCCCUCACCAUCUCCUCCCCCUCCACCUUUCUUGCCUUCUACCGAGCCUCGCCCGUUGCCUCCCUGCUUUACUUCGCGAUGCUCGUCUGGCUCGGCCUUAUCUCCGCCAUCACCUACUCCGUCUGGACCAAUCACAUGGGACGAUCCUCGCCCGUCGCCUCCCUCCUUUACUUCCCGAUGCUCGUCUGGCUCGGCCUUAUCUCCGCAAUCACCUACUCCAUCUGGACCAAUCACAGCGUGCUCCUCGACAAGCUACAGUGGGAUGAUGUGCAGGCAACUGCUAAGAAGAUCUGGAGGGAUAUCCGGGGGCUUACUGGGAGUGGUGGCAGCGGUGGUAGUAGUGCGAGCAGCGGCAGUGGUGGUGCGGGAAGUGGAUGGGGCGCAGGGGGGUGGGAGGGAGGGGAGGAGGGGAGUGCGUUUGGGUGGUCUGCUGCUCCCAGCAACCAGAACAACCGCCGUGAUUGA